AUGGUAAGGAACGGAGGUGAUUUUCUGCCUGUUAAAAAAUCAUUAUCGGGUGUGUGGUGCAAUAUUGUGCAAGUUUUAAACAAAACCAAGAUUGACGGGAUUCCUCUGAGAUGUUUUUUUAAAGCCUCGGUGGGGAACGGACAACCUACGGCUUUUUGGUUGGACCUGUGGAUUAGCAACAGACCGUUAAAGGAGUUAUUCCCAUGUCUUUUUUCGCUCGAAAAAGAAAAAGGAUGCAGGGUAAAUUGUUGUUUCAGCGGUAAUCAUCAUCUAAAUUGGAGAUGGAAAAGGCCGAUUUCGACCGAGGAGGAAGUCAACGGGCUUGUAAGUCUGUGUUCUCUAUUGCUGCAUGUGAAUUUGAAUCAAAAUCAUGAUAAGUGGAAUUGGAUUGGUGCCGCUGACAACGAUUUUAGUAUAAAGGCGGUAAAGAAACUCCUCGACUCAAAUAGGAUCAAUUCGGAGGUACACGUGCCAGAAGAAAGUAAGUGGAUCCCGAAAAAAUGUAGUGUUUUCAUUUGGAAGGCAGAGAUGGGGAAAAUAGCGAGUAUGGAUGAAUUAAGGAAAAGGAAUGUUGGCAAUGGUGAUUCGGCCUGCAGCCUUUGCGGCGAUGUGGAUGAGAGCGUCGAGCAUAUCUUCACUAGUUGCUUUUUUGCUUCCAUGUUGUGGUCGUACAUCAGUAGCUAG